GUAGAACACGUACUCUAACGCACAGUAAAUUCAUUCAAUCGACUUCCCGCAUAAAUAAAUAAAUAAAUAAAUAAAGUAAAAAUAGUAAUAAAAAACCCGACGUGAUUACUUUUCGCCCCUGCAGAAAAGAAGUUUGGCUGCACACGUCAGUUUAAAGACAAUGAGCUCCACCGGUGCGUUUGUGUGUGUUCGAUUCUCUGUAGCAACCAGCAAAACACCGCGGGAAGGCGACCUGCUUCAACAGGAUCAGCAUGGAGACAUACCCCCUGAAAUUUAGCAAAGUUCUAGUGACAACCGAUCCACAUUACAUACCGGGGUAUGCAGGGUAUUGCCCACAGCUUAAGUUUAAUAUGGGAAAAUCCUACGGUCGGCUCACAUCCGAGCUGCUGACCAGUCCUGAUGUGAAACACUCCGAUCAUCUGGUCCUUCACACGGGUCGUGUCCCCUUCACUGACACAUCUGACACAGCUGCUCUGACACUGAGAAGCAUCUCUGACAGUAACUUGAAGAAGGUGAUACCAGGAUACACAGGCUUCAUUCCAAGAAGUCAGAACUACUUUUCCUGCAGCUACUCUGAAACAUGCCGCAAAGCGCUGACUGAGUUUUACCUGGAAAGGCGUACAAAGACCCGACAGCAAUCAACAGACCUGCCACUUGUUGUCAACCAUGCAAAUCAACAGUCUUUAAGACCAAAAUGCCCCCAGACACCAAUCACCUACAAGCCGUCGAAGUCCUUCACCCCCAUCGGAAAACCAUAUUUCUUGGAAGAUGAUAAUCCGCACAAGUACUUUAUCUCAGGAUUUACAGGACACGUUCCAAAAUCUCGUUUCCUAAUCGGCAAAGGUUACCCCAUCACCACCAACCAGGCACUGAUCCAGUUUGGAAAGCAGCAGCGGAGUGACCCCACGUCCCAAGAAAUCCCAGGGAGGAAGGAUAGUACAACACCACCCAUGCCCACUAUCUAUCCAUCAAACAGAGGUGUGGUGCCAUCAUUUACAGGACACAUCCCAGGAUACAAGUUCAUGUAUGGACAUACCUUUGGUCAACUUUCCCAGAAUGCACUGGAAAAGAGCGGCAUCAAGAAGAUCCUUAGAGAACAGUCAUAAAAUCAUUAUAUACCUCAAUAAAAUGAUCAUUACUGGC